GUUUCUCUUACUCGCCGAAUUCUCUCUUGACUAUUCGACUGUGUCUUACACUUUCGCCAAGACCUUACCACACCUACGACAUCCAAAAUGCCUUCAACUUCUUCUACUCCUCCUGCGGCCGCUGCCGCUCCCGCUGGUCCUGCUCCUGCUGGCCUCGGCGAGAACAAGGGCAUCAAGUUCCAGAUCAAGACGGGCAAUGCUCGCUGGGAAUGCACUCUGCAAGACCGUGCUCACUAUGAGCGCAAGAAGGCUCAGCGCACCGAUUCCACCGACUCUACUUCCACCACCGACUCUUCUUCUACUGCCGAGUCAAAGUAAAACGAAGAAAAUAAAUAAAACGAAACCCAAAAAAAAUCCACCAGAGCUAUAUUAUGGCGUUUAGUGGAACACUCCCGCGCUCUUGAAGUCACUCUCGUUUCCACGCCAGGGAUUCAGAACGACUGCAGGAGGAAAAUCGUGGAGCUCCGUUUCAUACUGCCUCACUUUGAGCAGUCGGUGUUAUAGGUGGAUGCGUGCUUUUAGCGAUUGGGAUUUGUUACUUAGAUCUUGGGGCAUUUUAGAAACCCGAGCUGUCCUUGCAGAUUAGAAUCAUACUACCUUGAUUUAUUACG